GUUCCUUUUAUGAGCAAUUCAACUAUAUUGGACACCGUCUUCUUGUGUGAUUUCAUCCAACUAUGAAUCAAAGCUCUGCUCACUAGAAAUACUGCUGUCAGAAAGCUUCCCGUCCGCCUUUCCUCAUCUGGACUGAUCACAGCUUAGGAGUCUUCUAAUAUCAGCAAGUGUUGACGAUUGGACGGCAUCAUGAGAAGGUGCUUGGACUGGUCACACUGUAACGAUCAGCAGGCAAGUGUCAUCAGAGAACUUUGCACCUUGAGAGAUGCCAGCGAUCGUCUUGGUAGAGCAUAUGAAGUGCACCUUGACGACAUUUCAAAGUUCGUUCUGGCUGAUUCAAUCUUAUCCACCCAAUGAUGCCAGUCUUGUCAAUAUCUGUCUUGUUGGUUGAGCGUGCGUCUCUUUUAUUUCGACAGUGAAGCAACAAUAGAAAUGAAUC